GAAGAGGACCCUCUACAAGAGCAUGGCCCUGGCCCUGGCCCUCCUGGUGGCUGUGACGGUUUUCCAGCGCAGUCUGACCCCCGACCAGUUUCUGCAGGAGUCCCUGCCAGUCACGCUGGGGCCACCGAAGGCCCAAAAGCCAAGUGGACACCAGGUGAACUUCGAGAACUUCUGGAAGAGCCCCAAGGAUGUGACCCCCAGCCCAGUGGCUUCUCAGGGGCCCCAGGUCUGGGACGUGACCACCACGAACUGCUCGGCCAACCUUAACCUGAGCCGUCAGUCCUGGUUCCAGAGCCUGGAGCCACACUUCCGGCAGUUUCUGACCUAUCGCCACUGCCGAUACUUCCCCAUGCUGCUGAACCACCCCGAGAAGUGCAGGGGUGACGUCUACCUGCUGGUGGUGGUCAAGUCGGUCAUCACACAGCAUGACCGCCGUGAGGCCAUCCGUCGGACCUGGGGCCACGAGUGGGAGUCGGCGGGCAGGGGCCGGGGCGCCGUGCGCACCCUCUUCCUGCUGGGCACGGCUUCCAAGCAGGAGGAGCGGGCCCACUACCAGCAGCUGCUGGCCUACGAGGACCGCCUGUAUGGCGACAUCCUACAGUGGGACUUUCUCGACAGCUUCUUCAACCUGACCCUCAAGGAGAUCCACUUCCUCAAGUGGCUGGACAUCUACUGCCCCAACGUCCCCUUCAUCUUCAAGGGUGACGACGACGUCUUCGUCAACCCCACCAACCUGCUGGAGUUCCUGGCUGACCGGCGGCCCCAGGAAAACCUGUUUGUGGGCGACGUCCUGCAGCAUGCGCGGCCUAUCCGCAGGAAGGACAACAAGUACUACAUCCCGCCCGUGCUCUACACUAAGCCCAGCUACCCGCCCUACGCCGGCGGCGGCGGCUUCCUCAUGGCCGGUGGGCUAGCGCGGCGCCUGCACCAUGCCUGUGACACCCUGGAGCUCUACCCCAUCGACGACGUCUUCCUGGGCAUGUGCCUGGAGGUGCUGGGUGUGCAGCCCACAGGCCACGAGGGCUUCAAGACCUUUGGCAUCUCCCGGAACCGUGCCAGCCGCAUGAACAAGGAGCCCUGCUUCUUCCGCUCCAUGCUCGUGGUGCACAAGCUGCUGCCCGCGGAGCUGCUGGCCAUGUGGGGGCUGGUGCACGGCAAUCUCACCUGCUCCCGCAAGCUGCAGGUGCUCUGAUGCGGGGCCACCAACCAGCAGCCUGCGGCUGGAGCUACAGUGCUGGACAGAGCCUCUGGUCCCCAGGGAGGUGGAGGGUUUGGGCCUUCUGUGCCCCUGGGUGUGGUGGGGUGCAGGGAGCUGCAGGGCAACCUCCCCAGGCAGAUAAAUCCCAGGUGGCGAGGCUUGGGAAUGGGGUGCUGCCCAGGCUGGGGUGGGGGGGCAUCUGAGGAGCAGCAGGGACCCUCCAAGCCGGGCUUGGCAGCCUGGCUCCUCAGACCCGCUGGGAGGCCCUGGUGGCCUCUGCUAGAAACCUGUGCUCAGGUACCCGGGCUGGACCUGGCCCAGGGGCUCUGUGGCUGCCUCUCGCCUUCACAGGGACGUCUCCUGUGACAUGCCUCAGUGUCCCCAGGGCCCUGGCCAAAGCAGCUCAGCCCUGUGCCGGCUCACAGGUGCCCCCCACCCCCGCCGCCACCCCUGGGUCUCGGCUGGCGAGGAGCUUCCACAGACUCGGGACAGCCCUGGGCACACUGGGUCGGCCACAGCCUCUGCACCUCUCACGUCCUCACUUCCGGAAGUGUGACCGUGUGACCGGCCCUCACUACCUCAGCUGAGCUCCUCCCACCCCACUCCCGACACAGGGCAGAAGAGCAGUGCUCCAGGCCCCCCGAGUCCCCACCAAGGCCGGCGCCCUGGCCCGAAACUGGCCGGUUUGGUCCUGAAAGUGGACUUUAAUCUUACUGUGAAGUUUUAUUUAUGAAGAGUUUAGAGGCAGCAGACUCCGGGCCUGAAGGGGGAGGGGUCCUCCCUCUCCCUCACUCCCCUCAGCCCCACCAAGCACCCCUGCCCUGCACAGUCCCUCCCCACCUGCACCCCAACUUCCCCUGCGAAGGAUGCGAUAGGGGCCCAUGGUGGUGGGUGCACAAGGGUGCCACCCCAACCUCGGGGUGAAGUCCCUGGGAAAGGUGGAGGGAUGGUCUCUAUUUUCUCAAUAAAACGGGACCAGUUUUUCUCUGGUGUGAAA